ACCCCCAUUUUUCUUUUUUACUCCUCGUUUAUUUUCUCAAAGGAUUCUAAAAAAAAGCAGCAGCAGUAUGUGUAAUAACCAAACACUGAUGUGUGAAUGUACUUUUUUUUGUCUGCUUUCAGUCCCAGUGCUGUGUCAGUGAUUUAAUGUGCCGUAAACAGGCCUGCUCCAAUCGCGGACUGAUUAGGGUCAUUAGCUGAUUGGCUGAAUUUGAAUGGACCCGGUCGGCGCGCUUUGGGGCGCCUCAUUAUGCAGGCGCAUUAGAAGAAAGCAGUGGGGGUCAAAUGAGUAGUUAAGGCGCAGGGACAAAAAAAAAGAGAGAGAGGGGCAGGCACCGUGAGGAGGGUCGGGAUUCAAAUUCUAAGUAAGGAGCUGCGUCCAUUGUCAGUGGGGUAUAUAGCGCGGGGAGAGAAGUCACGGUGUUUUAAAAAAGCGCAGAGGUUAGGGUGUCAUCAUGGCUAAUUCGAGCUGCAUGUGGAUAUUUUCUGUUAUUUUCUUACUCACAAGCGACGCUGGAGCUUCAGGUCGCGCAGUGGACUCGUUCGGGUUUCUCUUACGGUCUCCUCGAGCCCGAGAUGGACCGUUUGGAGAGAUUUUACGCACGGCCGGAGUGAGGCGGUGGAGGCGCGGGGUGGCCGCCGAGGCGCACGGGGAGCGCUGCGCGGAGCCGGGAGCCGCCUGGCUGGAAAACAAGCGGCCAGCUCCCGAGCGCGGAAGCGCCGUGCUGCAGCUGCGCGUGCGGCCCUUUCCCCCCGGACCCUCGCGAGGUUUGGUUUUUCCCGGGAAGUCACUUUUCGGCUUCAUCCGGCGGGUUUACCGCUGCUGUCAGGAGGGAGUGGGCUGCAGGAGCGUCAAGGGGAUUCAAAGCAAACUGAGAGGAGCUGCAGGUGUGGAGUUCGUCCUCACCAGGGAGAUCUUGGCGGCGACGGCCUCCAGAGCCGAGCUUCAUCUGCAGCUCUCCAACCCGCGGCGUCUCGACAUCAGCCCAGUCAUCCCCUUCAUGGCGAAGAGGAAUUUACCGACGAGGUACAGCGUAGCGUCACGUGGUGACGCCGUGGAGCUGAGAGUGGACCUCCUGUUCCUCCUCAGGCUCCUGCAGGAGGCGGCCGGCGACGGAGGCCGUGGCUUGGUAAACGAGCACCUGGGGAGACUGUUGUCCAGUGAGGACGGAGAGACGUCUUUAGGAAUUGUUCAGGACGCCGAUGGAGAAGCGUGGCAUGAUAGGAAGGAUGUCAUUUUGGCUCGGGACGUGGGCCUGGUUCUGGGCUGCAGCCGGGCCGGAGCGGGGGUCCCCUGUGAAAGUGGGGGUGUUCGGCUCUCAGACGCUCCCUUCAUGGCCGUGUAUUACACAUGAAGAGGGGACUUUUCAGUGUGGAAGCAUUUCAUCCAUCAGAAAAGCUCAGAACUUUAACAGUAUUACGCACUUCGAUGUCAAGUUUUGUAAUUUAUACCGGUUUCGCAAGCUAAAUAUUAUAUAUACAAGUAUUUUAUGUAAAUAUUUUGUUCUAAAAGUUUAUUUAGUCAUUUGUUGGUGAUAAAAGUUCUGUAAAAUUGCUGUGUGGUCUCCUUGGUUACCAGAUGUGGCUCAGUCCACAUUGUACAGUUUGUUUAAAAUAUUAGCUUCUGAUUAAAGACUUGUGGGAAAACGUGGUGAGGACACCUGAACAAACGCAGCGUGGGAACAGGAGCUGCGACCUUGACAAACUCAGCUAAAUUUAUGUUGCUACUCUGCAGAAAAAAAAACAAAACAAAGAUCCAACGUUAACAUGUUCACUUGCAUCUCCAUAAGUUUGAAUAUUACUGGAAAACCAGAUUCAUUUCAUUUCAGUGCUUCUGUUUGACAAAAAAGUGAGACUAUUACACUUUUGAUUACACACAUUGUUAGAAUUAUUUGUAAACCAUGAAAGUGGCUAAUUGAUAACAGCGUUGGAUGUUUAAGUUUAGUGGAAGGAAAAAGUGUGGUAGAAAACCUCAGGUUCCUGGGGGAUUCUGAACGAAAGCCUAUUCAAGGCUUUUUGAGACUCCAUACGCAGACAUGUUUUUCCAAGAAAUAAAAGCACAAAAUAA